CUUAAAUGGCCUAAUCGGACAUUUCUCCUUUGCCAUUUCCAUUUCCUGCUCCGUUCAAUUCUUUUCCCUCUUUCCGACUUCCCCUCCAUCCUCUUUUCUCCCCUCGACUCCGUAUUCUCUAUUCCUAUACCCCGCGUCUCUGACAUCAUGCCCUCCGCAUUGCUGAUCGGUGCCAUCACCCAUGCCCGCAAGGAGUGGGAGGACCUGUCGUCGCUUUUGACGCUGAAGGAAUUUCCCUCGGGGACCCGAGAGGAUUUCGUCCGCAAUUGUCAAGACGGGCAGUAUGAUGAUGUCCAGGUGAUUUAUCGGUCCAAUGCAUCGACCAAGUUCACCGGUCCGUUCGACGCAGAGCUGCUCUCCGUGCUGCCCAAGUCUCUGAAAUAUAUCUGCCACAAUGGCGCCGGGUACGAUAAUAUUGAUAUCCCCGGGUGUACGCAACGAGGCAUUCUUGUGUCUAGCACGCCCGUCGCAGUCAACCAUGCGACGGCCGAUGUGGGCAUUUUCCUGAUGAUUGGCGCGUUGCGACAGGCCUACGUGCCGUUGGCUGCUCUGCGAGCAGGCCAAUGGCAAGGACAGACGACUCUAGGCCGCGACCCCCAGGGCAAGGUGCUGGGAAUCCUGGGAAUGGGAGGAAUUGGCCGAGAAAUGGCCAACCGCGCCAAAGCCUUCGGCAUGAAGAUCCACUACCACAACCGGUCGCGACUGGCGCCCGAACUCGAAGGCGACGCUACGUACGUGUCGUUCGACGAGCUGCUGGCCACCUCGGACGUCCUGAGUCUGAACCUGGCCCUGAACGCAAACACCCGGCAUAUCAUCGGCACGAAGGAGUUUGAGAAGAUGAAGGACGGGGUGGUGCUGGUCAACACGGCCCGGGGCGCGCUGAUCGAUGAGAAGGCGUUGGUGACGGCUCUGGAGUCGGGCAAGGUCUUGUCGGCUGGACUGGACGUGUAUGAGAAUGAGCCGGUGGUGGAGCAGGGGCUGGUCAAUAACCCCCGGGUGAUGCUGCUGCCGCAUAUCGGGACCAUGACUUAUGAGACGCAGAAGGACAUGGAGCUGUUGGUGCUGAACAACUUGCGGUCGGCGGUCGAGAAGGGCGAAAUGAUCACGUUAGUACCGGAGCAGAAGGCGUAGGCGGUGGAUAGAAUUGGAU